UUCACGGUUUAAACGGUCGGGAUAUGGGUUUUGAUCCGCUAGAUUCUGUUGAUAGGCGUAACCGUGAGCCACUUCCUCUACCUCCAGAUGCUUCCAAUACUCUCUACGUUGAAGGGCUUCCUUCUAAUUGCUCUAGGAGGGAAGUUGCUCAUAUAUUUCGACCUUUUGUAGGAUAUAGAGAAGUGAGACUUGUGACCAAAGACUCCAAACACCGGAACGGAGACCCUGUUGUUCUUUGCUUUGUUGAUUUUACAAACCCUGCCUGCGCAGCAACUGCUCUGACCACCUUACAAGGCUAUCGAAUGGAUGAAAACGACCCUGAUUCCAAGUUCUUACGGCUUCAGUUUUCGAGAAAACCAAGUUCAAGACCGGGACAACGAGGAAGGAGGUGAUGUGCACUACUACAUCAACCAAAUGGUAAUUUAUUGUCUCUGCGUGCGCCUGCUGCUGCUAGUCUUUUAGCGAGAAGAGACACAUCCUCUUCUUCAAGUAGAAUCUCAACGAAACCGAACAUUACAUCACUUGUUUGUAUUAUUGUAUUGUUAAAGCAAAACCUGAGUCAAGAGAAACAAAUAUAUUGGAGUGUGUAGGAUCUGAGGAGAUAGAAACUUAAAAGGCUAUUUAUAUAUAUUUGGUUCCUUUCCUAGAUUUCAAA